AUGCCUCCAGAACGGAAUAAUGUGCCGGUGAAGCUUUCCUUGCCGCUGCAAUACCAGCAGGAGCUCUUCACCGAAUUACGCGCCGAAGAUGAGCUUGUCGUACUGGCACGUGGUCUUGGAUUACUACAUCUGAUCACCAAUCUUCUUCAUUUCUAUGAUGCAGCUGGAAACAACUUAGUCUUGUUGGUUGGCGCCGACGAACGCGAGAAUGAGUGGAUCGGAGAAGCAUUGGCGGAGCACUAUGCCACGAGCAAGUCGCCCCUUGCUAGGGGUUUGAAGGUCAUCAAUACUGAGAAGGCUACGGUGCCGACGAGAGAGAGAAUAUAUGGCGAGGGUGGUAUUCUGAGUGUAACAUCCAGAAUAUUGGUUGUGGAUUUGCUGUCAAAACUGCUUGAUCCUGAAAAGGUCACUGGUAUGAUCAUCUUACACGCAGAUAAGGUUGUGGCAACGUCGCUCGAGGCGUUCAUUGUCCGUGUCUAUCGGCAAUCGAAUAAGCGUGGCUUCCUGAAGGCAUUUUCGGAUUCUCCAGAGCCAUUCACAACAGGAUUUGCGCCCCUUGCCAAGAUGCUGCAGAAUCUCUUCCUUCGUAAGGCAUCACUGUGGCCUCGUUUCCAUGUGUCCGUUGCAGAAUCACUGGAAGGAAAUCGAAAAGCAGAAGUGAUUGAGCUAGAAGUUCCGAUGAGCGACAAAAUGAGAGAAAUCCAGAAUGCAGUCCUCGAAUGCGUGGAGAUCAGUAUCACUGAACUCCGGAAAAGCAACACAGGGCUGGAUAUGGAAGAGUGGACUUUGGACAGUGCCUUGCAUAGGAAUUUCGACGUUAUCAUCCGGCGUCAGCUAGAUCCAAUCUGGCAUCGUGUCAGCUUCAGGACACGGCAAAUCGUCAGCGAUCUCACAGACCUUCGAGCAGUUCUUCAUGCAUUGCUUACUUACGAUGCUGUCUCUUUCGUGAAAUACCUUGAUACUAUCGUUUCUGCUCAUUCUCCGCCUCCCGGCUCUAACAAAUACAAUUACUCACCGUGGCUCUUCCUUGAUGCCGCCCAUGUCCUUUUUCAAACAGCGAAAUCACGUGUCUAUGAAGGCAAGCUUAACAAUGAGCUCACUCGCCCCAAUUCAUACUCGACAAACUUCUCUUCUGAGUUGAACCCGGCUCUCGAGGAGCUUCCGAAAUGGAAUGUUCUAUCAGAGGUUCUUGGGGAAAUCGAGCACGAUGCCUAUCUUCAUCCUCAGAGUAUGGAUCUAUCAAAUAGCACUAUCUUGAUAAUGUGCAAUGAUCAACGGAUUUGCCGGCAACUUCGUGAGUACAUUGGCACGAUGCAUGCCAAGAUUGCCCGUUCCGAUUCCAAGGAAGACGACGAGAUAGAUGAGAAGCCUUCUGCAGAGGUCAUGAUGCGUCGCCGACUGCGGGACUACCUUAAUUGGAAGCGAUCUUUGUCAAAUGUGAAUCGAAACCUCUCAGGCACAGUGGAAGACGAUAGGUCUGAAAAGUCUUCGGGGUCACCUGCAGCCCAGAGCGCGCCUCAAGGGCGACCUCCACCAAAUAAACGUCGUCGAGUACGUGGCGGUGGUGCGGUUACCUCUGCUGCCGGGCGUAUCCCAAACAGCAGUGUUCAGACUGAUGUUGAACUGCCUGCUCAGGUUGCCGGCUUGCUUAGUGAGAUUCAACCCACUGAGGUUGAAGAAACACAUAAAGAGGAAAUCAUCGUGGAUGAAUUGGAAGAUAUGGAUGAUUUCUAUGAAUUAUACGAUAUGGAUGAUCUGGUUAUGAUUCAUCCUUACGAUGGUGACAUGGAUGAACACAUACUUGAAGAAGCGCGCCCACGAUACAUCAUCAUGUAUGAACCGGAUGCAGCCUUCAUUCGAAGAGUGGAGGUCUAUCGCAGCUCCCACUCAGGACGGAAUGUGAGGGUGUACUUCAUGUAUUACGGUGGUUCGGUCGAGGAACAGCGGUAUUUAAGUGCUGUCCGUCGAGAAAAGGACUCGUUCACCAAACUGAUCAAGGAGAAGGGGAGCAUGGCGGUCACUUUGACGCAUGAUAAAAAGGCCGAUGACCCGCAAGAGCAAUUCCUCAGAACAGUGAACACUCGUAUUGCUGGAGGAGGACGACUGGCUGCUACUGCCUCCCCUCCACGGGUGGUGGUUGAUGUGCGAGAAUUCCGGAGUGCGCUCCCAUCUUUGUUGCAUGGCAACAAUAUGAUAGUGAUUCCCUGUCAGCUCACUGUGGGUGACUACAUUCUCACCCCGGACAUUUGCGUCGAGCGAAAGUCGAUCCGUGAUCUGAUCACUUCUCUCAAAAACGGCCGGCUCUAUAACCAGGCCGAGACUAUGCUUCAGCACUAUAAGGAUCCAUUACUUCUGAUUGAGUUUGACCAGAACAAAUCCUUCACAUUCGAUGCUUUUGCCUCCGUUCCAACAGGUACCACCUUCCUGACGGACUAUGGCUUCUCAUCCUCCGGCACUGCGACCACCACGAGUAGCAGCUCCCUUGCCAAUCCCUCUAAUCCCAAGUCCGCUCAACAUCUACUUGUCCUUCUUACUCUUGCUUUCCCGCGACUGAAGAUCAUCUGGUCCUCUUCCCCCUACCAAACAGCUGAAAUAUUUUCCGAACUCAAAAAGAACGCGCACGAGCCAGAUCCCCUUCGUGCAGUUCAGCUGGGCCUUGAUUUUGACAUCUCGUCUGGAUCUGGUGAUGUCAUGGCGGCUUCUGGUAUCGAGCAUCGGACCUUCAACCUUCUUCCACAGGACCUGUUACGAGCUGUACCGGGUGUCACCCCCCAGGCCUUCGAGCGACUGAUCAUUGAAACGGACAACAUCAGUGACAUUGCCAACAUGAGCGAGGAACAGCUAGAUCCCAUGGUUGGCAAAGAGGCCGCUCGAAAGAUUGUCGGCUUCUUUCGCAAGAGUGUCUUUGAUUGA